AUGUACCAUGGUUCGAUAUCGGCAGAAAAGAUUGACGAGUCCGAAGGCGACGCGAUGAUGGUGCUGGACCGUUGUACUGGAUGGACCGUGCCCACGCAGGCCCACGCUCCCUGCGGUGAUUUCGUCGCCGCGCACUGCCGCGCACGUUGA